AUGGAGAAUGAUUACGCCCAGAAAAUGCAGAGAUGUCAUGAAUACGUUGAAGCACUUGAAGUAGAACAACAGAAGAUUCAAGCCUUUCAAAGAGAGCUUCCUUUAUGUUUAGAGCUUGUCACACAAGCUAUAGAGGCGUGUAAGAAGGAGCUGUCUAGUACUUCGACAACCUCAGAGCAGUGUUCAGAGCAGACAACUAGUGUCUCUGGUGGUCCUGUCUUAGAAGAGUUUAUUCCGACCAAGAAGGUUGAAGAAAACGAGGAGCAUGAAUCUCCAACACGUGAAGAGAUCGGUAAUAACGUCAAGAAAUCAGAUUGGCUCAGAUCUGUUCAGUUAUGGAAUCCGUCUCCGGACACGAACACGAACACUGUGUCUAAUCCUGAACGUGUUGUUGGUAAGAAGGCGAAAGUGGUUGAGGUGAAACCAAACAGCAACAACAACUGCGGCGCGUUUCAGCCGUUUCAGAGGGAGAAAAAACGUGUUUUCACCGAGCCGGCGGCGGCGGUUUCAGCUCCGGCGGUGAGAGUGGUCGCUUCGGCGCCGGAGACGACGACUAGUUCGACGACGGAGAGAUGUGGUGGGGAGAAAGGGAGAGAGGAGGAGCAUAUGCAUCAGCAAGGGUCGCAAAGGGGUAGAAAGCAAAGGCGGUGUUGGUCGCCGGAGUUACACCGGAGAUUUCUUCACGCGCUUCAGCAGCUUGGAGGAUCACAUGUUGCGACACCGAAACAGAUUAGGGAUCAUAUGAAAGUGGAUGGAUUAACAAAUGACGAAGUUAAAAGCCAUUUACAGAAAUAUAGACUUCACACAAGAAGGCCAGCCACGGCGCAGGGUAACGGAAACUCGCAACAACCGCAGUUUGUGGUGGUCGGAGGGAUAUGGGUGCCGUCGCCACAAGAUUUACCUCCACCGUCAGAUGUAGCCAAUAACGGUGGCGGUAUAUAUGCUCCCGUGACAGCGCAACCACCACAACCACAACCACUGCAAUCUCCUAAGCGUUCGGGGGAGAGAAGUAGCGGCCGGUGUAACUCGCAAGCGGCAUCUUCUUCUACAAACACGACAACUUCUUCUCCUGUGUCAUAG